ACGCCCCAUACUCUGCGCUCAACGGCGCGCCAAUCCUGAAAAACCGCCCUACUGCGAGAUCCGAUGGGGUUAACGGGAGACUCUGACGCUCUCCUCUCUCGCAGGUUGACUGCUGCUCCCACACAUCGUCGAUUUGUUGCAGCUUGAGGUAUUUCAGCCCAAACACGGUGUCCUGUAAUGACCUCACAUCCUGUUUUCCCCACUUCCUUCUGAAUGGACCGGUUUGGGACGGUCCGGUCAGCGCGCAGCGUGGAUCUCUGUUGUGUUGGCGCGUGUCUGCACACACACAUGUUGUCAGGUCCUCGGCGGUAGAAGUUCGCACAGGACGUCCGAGCAAACUUAAUGCAACGACUGUUUAACGGUUUACUCACCUGACUAUGCAACGCUUGAUGUGCUGACAGAGAAGGGAAGAUAAGGAGCGUCGCUGUUACAUUUCUGACAGAAUGAAGACGAGGGAGAUGAAGAUUAUAAACCAGGGUCUAGAGGACGAGAUGGAGGUGUGGGGCUACCGGCCCUGUCUGUGGAAGAUGAUCCUGGUGGGAGUUGGUACUGUGUGCUCCGGGGGUCUCCUGCUGCUGCUGCUCUACUGGCUGCCUGAGUGGGGCGUCAAGGGCACCUGCACACACACCUCGCUGAGGGAGGCACACACACUGCUGCUCAGGACCACGGAUGAGUUCAGACAGUGGUUCAGAGCCAAAGUACAUGUGACGAUGGCUCUUGGGAGGAAACCCUUCGACAGCUUGGAUCUGCAGUCCACAGCUCAGCUGCUGAACGGAGACGGCGAGCACGGCAUCGGCGCCGGCCACGAGGAGCAUCGCGGGAAAUUUGCCCAUCAACAGCCUGUGCAGAUCCACUACUUCACUCACCACAGCACUAAAUACUACUGGAAUGAUGUGAUACAGAACUUUGAAUUUUAUAAAGGCUUGGAGGAUGUAAAGGUGAGCUGUGCAAGCAUCCACUCUGACCACAGCUCUGGGCUGUCUAAACCUCUGCAGGAGUACAGGGCAUUGUUUUUUGGGGAGAAUGAGAUUGCUGUAAGGGUGCCCUCUCUGUUCAUGCUCCUCAUAAAGGAAGUCUUGAAUCCUUUUUACAUCUUCCAGCUCUUCAGUGUCAUUCUGUGGAGUGCUGAAGAGUACUACUAUUAUGCUACAGCCAUAGUUAUCAUGUCUGCCAUUUCAAUAGCUACCUCUCUGUAUACCAUUAAAAAGCAAUAUGUGAUGCUACAUGACAUGGUGGCAGCGCACAGCGUGGUCCGUGUUUCAGUAUGCAGAGAAAAUAAAGACACUGAACACGCCAUGUCAACAGAGCUCGUGCCUGGUGAUGUCAUUGUUAUUCCAGCCAAUGGGAUAAUCAUGCCCUGCGACGCUGCGCUCAUCCAAGGAACCUGUAUCGUAAAUGAGAGCAUGCUGACAGGGGAGAGCGUUCCAGUUACCAAGACCAGUUUGCCCAGUUCAGGUGCGGAGGCAGCCAAGAGCUACGACAUGGAGGAGCACAAGAGACACACCCUGUUUUGUGGUACCCAGGUGAUCCAGACCCGCUUCUAUGCUGGUGAACCGGUGAAGGCUGUUGUGGUCAGAACAGGCUUCAGUACGGAGAAAGGCCAACUUGUGCGCUCCAUCCUCUACCCUAAACCCACAGACUUCAAGCUGUACCGCGAUGCUUACCUGUUCUUGUUGUGUCUGGUGGGGGUGGCAGGGAUUGGAUUCAUCUACACCAUCAUCCUCAGUAUCAUGAACAAGGUUCCUGCUAAAACCAUCAUCAUUGAAUCUCUGGACAUUAUCACCAUCACCGUACCACCGGCAUUACCGGCAGCCAUGACAGCUGGUAUUGUGUAUGCACAGCGGCGUCUGAAGCGGGUUGGCAUCUUUUGCAUCAGCCCUCAGAGGAUCAACAUGUGUGGCCAGCUUAACCUGGUUUGCUUUGACAAGACUGGUACUCUGACUGAGGACGGGUUGGACAUGUGGGGUAUUCACAGAGCUGAAGGUGGCAGCUUUUCUCCUCCAGAGUCUGAUGCAGCUAAAGACAGUUUGGUCAACUCUGCAUUUGUGUCCUGCAUGGCCACCUGCCACUCACUGACCAAGAUAGAGGGCGAGCUCUCCGGAGACCCUUUAGACCUCAAGAUGUUCAAUGCUACAGGCUGGGUCCUAGAGGAACCCACAGAGGAAGAGACUGCACUCCACAAUCCCAUAAUGCCCACAGUUGUGAGACCUCCAAAGGACGCCAUCCCUGAAGCCAAUCAGAACAAUCCACUGACUCAGAACAUGGAGCUGUCUGAAUUAUCACCCCAUGAGAUUGGUAUUGUGCGUCAGUUCCCUUUCUCCUCAGCCCUGCAGAGGAUGACUGUGGUGGUCAGGAGGUUGGGGGAAAAACACAUGGAUGCUUACUUGAAAGGAGCACCAGAAGUUGUGACCAGCCUCUGCAGACAGCACACAGUCCCACAGAGUUUCACAGAGACUCUGGAGACCUACACCAGGCAGGGCUUCAGGGUUAUUGCCCUGGCUCAUCGUCAGCUGGAGUCCAAACUCUCCUGGCACAAAGUCCAGAGCCUCACCAGGGACCUGAUAGAAACCAACAUGGAGUUUCUUGGUUUGGUCAUUAUGCAGAACAAAAUAAAAAAGGAGACUGCCGGGGUUUUAUGUGAAUUACGACAAGCCAACAUCCGCACUGUGAUGGUCACAGGUGACAACAUGUUGACGGCGAUAUCCGUGGCUCGAGAUUGUGGGAUGGUGCGUGCACAUGAGAAGGUCAUUAUAGUAGACGCUGAGCCUCCUAAGGACUUCCUCCCUGCGAGCAUCACAUGGUGUUACACUGAAAACACUCAGGCCAUCAAGGACAAUCAGAUGGUGGAGAUAAACAUGGAGGAGGAGGAGGCAUGUGACAAGCAAGUUCAGCAGGAACAAAACUAUCACUUUGCUGUGAGCGGCAAAGCCUUCGCUGUGAUCACUGAGCACUUCCCUCAACUUGUCCAGAAGCUCGUGCUGAGUGGCACUGUGUUUGCCCGCAUGGCUCCAGACCAGAAGACUCAGCUGGUGGAAGUGCUGCAGAGCAUCGACUACACUGUGGGAAUGUGUGGUGAUGGCGCCAAUGACUGUGGAGCUUUGAAGAGAGCUCACAGUGGGAUCUCUCUGUCUGAGCUGGAGGCAUCUGUUGCUUCACCCUUCACCUCCUCCACCUCAAACAUCUCCUGUGUCCCCAACCUUAUCAGAGAGGGCCGAGCUGCCCUCAUCACAUCCUUCUGCGUAUUCAAGUUCAUGGCUCUCUACAGCAUCAUCCAGUACCUCAGUGUCAUUCUGCUCUACUCGAUUCUCAGCAACUUGGGAGACUUCCAGUUCCUCUUCAUCGACAUCGUCAUCAUUCUCGUGAUUGUCUUCACAAUGAGUCUGAACUCGGCGUGGAAGGAGUUGGUGAGGCACCGCCCUCCGUCCAGUUUGAUUUCCGGCCCGCUGCUCUGCUCGGUUCUUACCCAGAUACUCACCUGCCUGGUCUUCCAGGUCCUGGCCUUUCUCUUAGUACGACAGCAGAGCUGGUAUGAGGUGUGGACACCUCAGUCAGAUGCCUGUAACGUUUCCAGCUCCAGGCUCUCUCACGGCCUGAACGUAACAACCCCCCAGGACCACAAAAACAUCAAGAACUACGAGAACACCAGCCUCUUCUACGUCUCCUCCUUCCAGUAUUUGGUUGUGGCCAUCGUUUUCUCCAAGGGGAGGCCCUUCAGACAGCCAAGCUACAAGAACUGGCCAUUCAUGCUGUCCUGCAUCAGCCUGUAUGCUUUUCUCCUCUUCAUCAUGCUGUAUCCUGUUCCUGCCAUCGACAGUUUCCUGGAGAUCGUGUGUGUUCCCCACGACUGGCGCGUCACACUGGUCAUCAUUGUCAUAGUGAAUGCAGCUGUGUCUGUCAUGCUGGAGAUUUUGAUCCUUGACAUCAUCUUGUGGAGGCUAGUUUUCAGAGACAGUCAGGGGGGACAUCACCAAUCAGAGUCCCCCUCUGCUGACACACCACAGGAGGCCAAUGGCCGCUGGGGCCCAUCCUUCCUCUCCCGCUUGUUCUGUCGGAGCAAUAAGCCCCCGAGGAUGCACUACAUGCGUCUGGCCCUGGCGCUGCAGGAUGAUGCCCACUGGCCCCCCGGACCCUCCACUGUCACCUACGCCAACGAUCCACAGUCCCACAUCUGUAAGCCCCUCUGACACCAGCCUGACCAACAAGCACACUGUUACACAGGCUAAUUGUAAACAACAAACCUUAAUGUUGCCUGUGUUGAGCCAUAACAUGUGAAGGACGAUGUUUAUAGGAUGUUGAGCCUGCUGGACACCAGUGACCAAUCCGGGAGCUUCAUAAAGCCGAGGCCUCCUACUGUAACGACUGACUGACAUGUUAAGUGCUCAUACAUAAGGUUCAGACACUGCACUUGGUUUGUAAACGUACUGUCAUGUCACACAGCUGAAACUUGAGACGGGCCUCUAUCAAAAGCUAGCUGAUAAAGGAAUAAUAUCCUUAUUUGCUUUCUUAUCAAGCGUUAGAUGAGAAGAUUGAUACCACUGUCAUAUCUGUACAGGAAAAAUGAAUGCAGCUUUCGGUUAGCUUAGCUUAGCACAGAGACUGGAAGCGAGAGGAAACAGCUAGACUGGCUCUAUCCAAAGGUAUUAAUCUUCUAAAGAUCACAUAUUUUAUCCUCUUUGUUUAAUCUAUACUAAAACACAAGUGUAACUAGAAUUAUCACCUCAUUUCACAUUUGUGCCAAGGAAUUCAAGGUGUUCCUGAGUAAGUGACAGUAAGUGUAAGUGACUGACACUCAUGGUGAUGACCAGACUCCAUGCUGGCUGUUUCCGUUCUUUAUGCUUAGCUAAACUAACUACUCUGCUGCCUAUACCAUACAAAAAGCAACUAUAACACUGGACACUGAGAAUGGUUUCUUUUGUUGCUUUAAACUGGUUUUGUCAUCUGAGCCAGUAUUUGAAAAAUGAAAUGGUUUUACACUGAACUAAAGCUCAAACAUGUCAGACACAGUAGUUGGCUGCUGUUGCUCAUUCAGGUCUGAUUUGAAAAGCGCUGGAUGAAGUGUGAAUAAAAACACACAGCCUUUCAUAAACAUUAAAAAAAGAAAAUAAUUAGGUCAUAUGAAUUCAAAGAGACAUGACCAUAAGUGUGCUUUUUUCGGUUUUAUGAACCUAACUGGUACUGUUGUAUUACUGGGAACAGAAAAAAUAUCACGACUGCCUUUUUGUCUUAGAGUUACUUUGGCUGAAAUUCUUCCCGUGGAAGAGAAAAGCAGAGAUUUCUGUUUCCCUUGUUGUAAAAAUUUAAUUGCCAGUUCCAGUUUGUGUGGCUGUGAGAAAGAGAGAGCAAGAGUGGUUAAUGAGAGAUAUUUCUUCGCGUCUUGAAUGGGUGACAGAAUCUUUUUACUCUUUUUUUUUCUUUUUUUUUUAAUGAAAUGUUUGAAAGGAAAAUUAAUUACACCAUUCAACAUCACUAAGGUACUGUACACAGCUGGUAAUGUUUUAAUAAAUGAAUUAAAGCAAUUAAAUUAAUCUAAAUUAAUCAUUAAUCAAUGAGAUGCUUGCUACUGUGCCAGUUUAAUUACAGUUGUCUUUAACAUUUGAUUUCAAUGUCAUAUUUUUAUGUAAACAUUUACAGCUGUUGUGUAUUAUUCUAGUAAAGGUUUAAAAAUGAGAUAAAUGUGAAAAAAUUGAGAAUUAGUCAUUUAAGUAUUCCCUUUAUUGCUAUAAAACAUUUUAUAAUUGUUUUUAUAAAUUGUAAUACAGUAUUUGUACUUAUUUUCUUAUUUCUACAAUGUGACAGAAGUGUUUCAGUGUCUGUCAAUGAAUAUCCCCGUGUUUGCUCUGCAGAACUCCCAUUACAUUUCCCAAUAAAUCUGUAUAUUAAGCCACUCUUGCGUGCUUCGUGGGGGGCUGACCUUGGUCACACUUGUUCAGCUAAGACUUACUGAUCAAUUAUGGGCUUUCCCAGCCUCCUCACUGCCUGGCAUAUGGGCGCUUAAAGGGCGCGAGAAUGAAGGAGAAAGAGGGGUAUCAUUUCAUGUGGAGAUCAGGUCCUAUAGGCAGUGAAUGGGUGGAUUUAGGGAGGACUGUGAAAAAGGGAAGGGGCUCCUCGCUUGUACCAAAAAGAAAAGAAUCUCCCACAGAUCAGGGAAGAGCCUUUUUGGGAAUAUUCAUGAUGAGGAUGAGGAGGCAUCAUGAAUUCAUGUGUGUCUCCCUGACUUGAACGGAUCAUCUUUUUGGUAAACACUGAUGUGUGCAGAGCCAGGAUGUCUUGCUUUCGAUCGGUGUUUGCCAUGUAGUUUCGUGGAAAGUGUUGCCUCUCCACAAAGCAAUAUGGGUUUUUGUGUACACUCCGCUGUAUUCCUUUUGUAUCAGUAGAGCAACAGAUGGAGAGUGGUGGAAACACAUAAAGAAGCUAAAACACACAGCCUUUCUUUCUCACAGCUAGCUACUCACUCAAAAAGAUUUUCUCAAGCUUGUGCUCAGACGUGUGCUAUUUCAAACAUUUUGGACUUCAUCUCCUUUCUCUUUUACCCAUAGGUUUUUUUGUCUGGGUUUUGUACUUUCAAGAUUUGGCCCUGUGCACACAGUCUUUGUUUACUGUUUCUUUACUCACAACAGUCCCCACAGAGAGAUCAGACCUUAUUAGAAUAAAUUGUAGAGCAACAGCCACAGUAACACCCUUUCUGCAAUAAAAGUUUUUGCUUCAGGUGAUUUCUGAAUGUGUCUGUUAACACCCAACACACUUUCACUUUCACCCACAGGCUUUCACUUUAUCUUCACAAACUCCGCAAGCACAACUCAAUCU